AUGGGCUUGCUGCAUCUCUUGCUGCUACUCACCGCCUUCAGCUCCGCGCGCGCGUGGCUGCGCGGCAACGACGGACGUGCGCAAUGGGACUACGAGUGCCACUUCGAGGGGCUGGAUCUGGUGUCGCUGGAGGCUGAGCCCAGCUCUCGCUGCGCCGACUUGUGCCUCGCAGAGACCGACUGCACGCACUGGACGUGGGCGCCGGAGGGCGACGGCACGUGCCAGCUCAAGCAGGGGGCCACUAACGCUGUGCAGCCCCACGCUGUUCACCUGUGCGGCUUCUUGCCGACCAGGUUCGUUCCAGAUGAAGCGCAGGCCUUCGACUUGGGGCUGAGCCUCACAGAGGACGAAGACGCGUACGACGGCAUGACGGACGAGGAGGCGGAGACGGCGUUGCGGGUGCUCAACUCGUUCCGCAGCAAGCGUGGGAAGACCAGACUCGCGCUGGACGCGAGACUGAUCCUGCUGGCCAAAGAGCUGUCCAUCACCUGCCGAGAUGUGCCGCUCACCGGUAGCAUGAACCAAGGUGACGGGUACGAGUUCUUCCCCGUGCCGCCAGCUUCUGUGCCGUCGAGGGGCGUCACGGGCCAAGUGCACGCCGUGUCGGUUGCUGCGCCGCUGGACAGCUCUGUGAGGCACGCGAUCGAGUGGUGGAUGAGUGGAGUGGACCCCAAGACCGGCACGAAGCCUUUCUUCUCCGAUGAGAUGACAGUUGUGGGCUUUGCCAAAGGGAGCGCUGGAUCCUGUCACGAUGGAGGUGAAGGCUCUGCAACUGACGCCAUCGUGUGGACGAUGCUGCUGGCUCAAACUGAAUGA